UUUUCGUUAUGCUAAAUUGGUUUAAGCUGCGAUUAUCUUUAAUUUUUGCAUUAAUCAUCAGCAUCACCAACUCCAGCUAGAUUCUUUAGGAACUAUAUAUAACAAAUGGAUAAGAGGUUGAUACUAUUCUCAGUAGGGAAUCCAGGUCCAUCAAACAGACAUUCAACAGGUCAUUUGAUGUUAAAAGAAUUAGUCAGUUAUUUUGAUGUAAAACAACUUCAGAAGAAAUCACCACUUUAUUCCAUAACUUCGAAUGAUGAUCAUAGUUUGAUAUUGGUUAAAUCAAAUAGUUAUAUGAACGAUUCAGGUAAGGCAUUCAAGAAAUUCAUUGAAUCUGAAAGAAUCAACCUUGCUUCCACUGAGAAUUUGAUCCUUAUUCUAUAUGAUGAUUUCGAGAAUAAAAUUGGUAAUGUUAAAUUAUCUACUUUUAAGAACCAUGAAUCCCAUAAUGGGAUCAAAAGCAUUCAAACAAGUUUAACCCAAGCGAAUAAUAAUAAUAAUGGUGUGGUGUUUAAUCUAGGGAUAGGGAUUGGUCCUAAGCCAAACAAUGCAUCACGAGAUACGAUGGCGUCUUGGGUACUAUCUGAUUUUAAACUUGAAGAGAAACAAAUCAUCGAAACAGUUGGUUUAGAUGUUUUGACUACAUACUUAGGGGAGAUUAUAGAAGUUAAUGGAGAUAUAAAGGAUUGUAAUAAAUUCAAUGCUCACAUGGCAAAGAUGUUAAAAGGUAAUUAAUAGAGGGAUAUAAGGUAACGAUAAACGUAAAAAAGUCAUAAAUUAAAGUCAUUCAUUAGUA